AUGUUGGUAUGGGUCUCCAUAACUGCGAUUCUGUUCGCAUGCUUUGAGGAGUACAAGAACCUCAAAGCACCCUUUAAGUACUGGUACGAUUUUGAUUUGUCGUUCAUCGACAGUCUGAUCGUCGUUUGGAGCCUGUGGGUCGUCACGAUUCUGCUUGCUGCCGUUCCAGUGGCCAUGGGCUUGUGUUUAAUCUUUCUUGGUCGAGCUCGACUUGGUUGGUUUUUAGUCGGCACAUGUCUGGCCCUGAUUUUUUUCUGGUUGGCACUCGAUGGGAGGGUGUAUCGUGUCACGGGUGUGCACCUGACGAGCUAUGCUGAAAAUCUUGGUGCCGAGGACGCGUUGGAAUGGGUGGGUGGCCUGAAGGGUUCGCAGGCAUUAUUGAUCGGACCCGUGACUAUCGGCAUCUUGCUGAGUGUCUGCGGAGCUCUCGGGAGCAUCGAGAGCUUAUCAACGCUCCAGCGUCGCUGGUCUUGGUUGUCGAGUCCAACCACUUCAGUCGUCUUCGCGCUGUUGAUUCUUGUUGGGUGUCUAGGCUUGGCACCUGCGCAAUUAGCAGCAAGCAAGUAUGGGAUAGUCUCCGCACUCCAGGUUGCGCUCCCGGUCAAUCUGCCCUUGCUCGAUCCGACCAGGCUCUUGCCAUCGGAGUUGGCCGAGUUCCGAAAAGAAUUCGAGAGGUCGGCGGUCCCGAUUGGCCUGGAAGCCGCGUCACAAUUGAAUCACCCGGUUGAAGUUGAGCAUGGACUAGCAUCGAGCGAACGGAAACCAAACAUCGUGGUGCUGGUGUUGGAAAGCUUUCGUCACGAUGCGAUACGAGAGAUGAUGCCCCAACUAGAUCGUUGGGCGGAUCAAGGAAUUCAAGCCAAUCGGCACUAUGCCUCCUCGAACCGAUCCCAAUUCGGAAUGUUCGCGUUGCUCUACGGCCAAUCGGCCUUGAGAUACCAAGCAACGAUCGAUGCGAAUAUUCCUCCCCAGACGUGUGUUUCCCUGGCCGAGUUGGGUUACGAGUCGCACUAUAUGUCGGGCGGGGCGGUUGUGUGGGCAGGAAUGGAUCGUUUCAUAAACGAUCGCAAUUUCGACACGCUAUUCAUCGAUCUCGAAGAUGACUGGCCCCAACGCGAUCAACGCGUGUUGACCAAAAUCGCAGACACGCUCGACACUGCAGAGCGACCACAAUUUGUGCUGGGCUUCCUGAUGUCGACUCACUACAACUAUCGCUACCCGAAGCAAUAUGAACUACAUCUGCCGGUAGUCGAAGAACUAACCGAUAAUGUUCGCGAAGCCGAACAUUUGAUCGAGAAUCGUGGAGCAAUUCUCAACCGCUACCGCAAUGCGGCUGGUUUCAUGGACGACAUUCUGGCCACUUUUCUCAGCCGCAUCGAUCUGUCGAAUACCAUCGUUGUCAUUACCGGUGAUCAUGGCGAAUCUAUCUUUGACGAUGGGGUUCUAAGCCACUCAAGCCGUCUGUCGGAGAUACAGACGCGUGUGCCAAUGCUGGUUGUUGGCCCCGGGAUACCAAAGAGAAGUAUCGAUCAGGUUACUUCGCAAUCGGGGCCACUGGAAUUGUUGCUAAUUGAUGGUAAGCGAAGAUUUCGGGUCGACCUGGCGAGGGAUGGCGAGCUGACUGCUGUGGGCUUUCUUGACGAACGAGCCCAACUGCAGAAUAUCGAUUCUCAAGACGCCGAGAAUUGGGUGGAAAGUCUCGGUGAAGAACUCAAACUGCGGCUAGGAAAUACUGCCCAAGAGAGCCCAUGA